AGAAACUCUUCUUUUUGACACUGAGGAAGGAUUUAGUAUAUAGUAAAUAAUCUGAGGUGUUACAAGAGGUAACUGUAUGUGACAUUUUUUUUCAGCUUGUUUCUCUCCGGGAAUUGCAUCCUUACACCUGCACCACUCCCCUGCUCAGCAGCCAGGCCUAGUCUGCAGACAAGCAGCACUAUGACCUAGAAGGUGGUGAUUGGCUGAAAACACCGACUGCUUGCCAGUCCCGCUGAACCCUCCCUCUGACUUGGCCAGGCUGACAGUUACGAGUGCCAACUGCCAUUUGCAGGUGGGAUGUGAGCCUACCUCUUGGUCGCGGUUGCGGUAGACAGGUUUUGUUGGUCCUGUCCAUUGGAGGCUGCAAGGAAAAAGAAACUUGCUCAGACCCCUGAAUCAAAGAACACUGGUUCAGCCACAGAGGUAACAAUCCACUGACUCAGAAAAAAUGGUUGAUCGUCUCUUGGGAACUUGGAAAUCAACCUCUUGUGAAAAUUUUGAUGAAUAUAUGAAAGAAUUAGGAGUGGGCUUAGCCACCAGGAAAUUGGGUAGGCUGGCCAAGCCCAGCAUGACAAUCAGUGCUGCAAGAGAUGUAAUAACCAUCAAAACCAAGAGUGCUUUUAAAAAUAAUGAGAUUUCCUUCAAGCUUGGUGAGGAGUUUGAUGAAACCACACCAGAUGACCGGAAAACCAAGAGCAUUGUGACCUUAGAAGAUGGUUCAUUAAAUCAGGUCCAGAAUUGGGAUGGCAAAGAGACUACAAUAAAAAGGAAAGUGGUGGAAGGGAAAAUGGUGGUGGAAUGUACCAUGAAUGAUGUCACUUGCACUAGGAUCUAUGAAAAAGUGUGAGGAAAUUCUUUCACAGCCUACUAGACUGGCACCCACAAUAUGUUUAACUAUUAUAUGUACUUAAUAAAAAGCAUCCAAAUGCAGACAGACUUGUAAGUGGUUGGGUUUUCUCAAAAAAUGUAAAAAUAAUCUAUCAGUGAA